AUGUCCUCGAAAUCCCGCUGGGCGGAUGAAGACCCAGAAGCAGAAGCGAUCAAUGCGCAACGCAAACGCGAAAAGGAAGAGAAGAGACGCGCCAAAGCCGAGAAACAACGUCAGCUCGAACAGCAACAAGCUGAAGAAGCUGCCCGACAACGCGAAGCCGCAAACAAUGAUUCAGAGGCACCUCCCAAGAAACGUCGCCGACUCUCCAAUGAUCCGGACACAGCGGCCGAGGUUCAGGUUGAACCAUCCAAACCACAAGACAAGCCAUCGAAUAUAUUACAAUUCCCUACACAGGAAUGGGGCCCCAGUCGGCAUGUGGACAAUUUCGAGCGAUUGAAUCACAUUGAGGAGGGCUCAUACGGAUGGGUGAGCAGAGCAAAGGAUAUCACGACGGGCGAAAUAGUCGCCCUCAAGAAGCUCAAGAUGGACAACUCUCCGGAUGGGUUCCCCGUAACGGGCUUACGGGAGAUCCAAACCCUCCUGGAGGCUCGUCAUCCAAAUAUCGUCUUCCUCCGUGAAAUCGUUAUCGGAACCAAAAUGGAUGAGUGCGUUUUCCCCCUGCUGUAUCAAGACCAAUUCACCCCUUCGCACUCCCUACUCCCCCGGACCUGGAAAGUUCAGAUACAGAAAAUUAACCCCAAAGCCCGGGGUGUCUUCCUCGUCAUGGACUUUCUCGAACACGACCUGAAGACGCUCCUCGAUGACAUGCGCGAGCCAUUCCUCCCGUCGGAAAUCAAAACUCUCCUGUCCCAGGUCCUCUCGGGUCUCGACUUCCUCCACUCCCAAUGGAUCAUGCAUCGUGAUCUGAAGACCUCGAACCUCUUAAUGAACAACCGGGGCGAGAUCAAGAUCGCCGAUUUCGGUAUGGCUCGGUACUACGGUGAUCCGCCACCGAAGCUGACACAGCUGGUCGUGACGCUAUGGUAUCGAUCCCCGGAACUGUUGCUAGGGGCGGAAAAAUACGGUACUGAGAUUGACAUGUGGAGCAUUGGGUGCAUCUUCGGGGAAUUACUUACCAAAGAGCCCCUUCUACAGGGAAAAAAUGAAGUCGAUCAGGUGUCUAAGAUCUUUGCUUUGACUGGUCCCCCAACACCACAGACAUGGCCUGGCUUUCGUUCUCUUCCCAAUGCGAAGUCUCUCCGUCUUCCACAGACCUCGGCUCCAUCUGGGAACCCACCUCUUUUGCCACGUUCCAAGUUUCCCUUUUUGACGAAUGCCGGCCUGCAGCUGCUUUCUUCCCUCCUGGCCUUGAAUCCAAGCUCGCGGCCGACGACGCAGGAAUGUCUUUCACAUCCGUACUUCCGUGAAGACCCUCGUCCAAAGCCGAAGGAGAUGUUUCCUACGUUCCCGUCGAAGGCAGGCAUGGAGAAACGGCGGCGGCGGCAGACGCCCGAAGCGCCGAAGCGAGGCCAGGAGGCUCCAAGGCUGGACUUUGCUAGUGUAUUUGGCGGCCAGUCCGGUGGUGACAGUGGAGAAACCGGAGCAGGUUUUACUCUACGCUUGGGAUGA